CGAAACCUAGACGACAAAGACCGCUUUAUAGCUGUGGUGAAUGCCGUCGAUUAAAAUUGAAAUGCGAUAGACAAUGGCCUUGCAGCUCGUGUAGAAGGAGAGGAUGCGCUGCUAUUUGCCCUGAUGGUACAAUGAAAGGCGCUACCAUGUCUAGACAGGCAUUGGUAGAUAAUACAAGCAAUUUGCUAUUGCGGAUUGAACAGCUCGAGAAGAGUAUUUCAACACAGGGUGGUGUCAUACCAGAUGCUCCUACGAAAUUGAUCACAUCUGCUACUGCUGUAUUCAAUUCUCCUGAUUCUACAGAAGCAGCGAAUGCAAUAAGACCACCAAUAGAGACACAUGAUGAGGACUUCGCUGAAAGCUUUGGUGCGCUUACCGUAACGAAGGAGGGAUCGAGAUAUGUCGGUCCAAGUGCAGGUUCAGAGUGGCUACAGAACGACUCACUAGUCGACCGUGAGCAGGAAUUUAUCGACGAGCGUGGUCAGAUUGGUGAAAGUCCUGAUUCUCCACCCACGGAUUUCCCAUUCAGCGCUGCGAACAAUGCAGAAAUUAUAGAAGAACUCUGGUUAAAGCUCCCUGAUAGGAGUAGAGCGAUGCAAAUGGUGGAUGUCUACUACAGGACCUGUUCGUGUCUCUACAAUUGUGUACAGAGGGAGGUCUUUGAGAAUGAUCUUAACACACUUUACAAUCAACCUGAUGCUCACAAAUUAGCUAGACUUUAUAUGGUUUUUGCGUUGGGAGUUUACUUUGACGUCAAUUUAUCAACAGAUCAUCCAGAUUCUCAGAGAUAUUACAGUUAUUCAAAGGCUUUACUCAGCGCUGGUGACUUCCUCGUCAAGAGCAGUAUACCUGCUGCUCAAACACUCCACAUGAUGGGUAUUUACUUACUUAAUAGAAAUAGAUUGAGUGGCGCUGACUCUUAUUACCCACUUUUGGGUGUUCAGUUACGUAUUACUCGUGCGAUGGGUCUGCACCGUGAUGGUCAAAGAUGGGGAUUUCAAGGAAACGAUCUCAAUGAAAGAAGGAUGGCGUUCUGGGAAACUCAAACAAUGGAUGUUUUCCAGUCAAUUUGUUUCGGUAGACCAUAUUCUACUCAGCUUCGUCACGUUGAUUGUGCUUUUCCACUAGACGAACAAGCUAGAAACUACAAUGGUGAGGGUUAUGGUUACCAAACUAUGCGGUACUCCCUCGUCAGACUCUUGUGUAAGAUCAGCGACGAGAUCUAUAGCGUAAAACCACCAACGUACGAUACUGUUAUUGGACUAGACCGUGAAAUCAGACAAUAUGAGAAGAAUAUACCAUUGCAUCUUCGUUGUAAAGCAGCAUCCGUGGUCAGGAAUUCGUCGAAUUAUCCUGUCAAUGAUUCCGUUCAAGAACCUGUUUCAGAGGAGUUGUUGUUACAACAACACACCCUUGCAAUGAAUGUUAACGAAUGCCUCCUUUAUAUCAAUCGCCGCUACUUCGCACAUGCCCUUAAAACACACCCAGAAAAUCCACUAAAGUCACCUUUUUCUCAAUCAUUCGUUGCAGUUAUGGAAUGUUGUAGGGUCAUGGUUGCACUAGGACACAGCAUCCAUAGAUUACUUCCAGAUUUAUCGUCUAGGCACUUCUUCUUCUUUUAUCAUCUCUUCAGUUUUGGUGUUUGUUCAGCAGCAUCUUGUAUUAUUUCUCCUGGAUCAUCAAUGGCUAGUGACGCCUGGAAGGAUCUCAACUCAAUUACCGAUCUUUGCGCUUUACCAACUGCGGGCAAGCGUGCCAACUUAUUUGUACCAGCACUCAACAAGCUCCGUGAAAGGGCACUAAUUCGUUGUAAGGCUCACAUUGAAGCUAGGGAGCACAAGGAAGACGAUCACGAUAAUGAACACAUGGUCAUGCUUGGUUUGGGUAGCAGAUUCGUCAAUACAUCGCCGACCUCAGACAAGCCACAAACAACCUUCAAUGCUCCUCUUCGCAGUCGUAGAAAUACUUUACCUUCUGAUGCAAUCUAUACUGAAUUAUUGAAACAAACAGAGGGUACUGCAAGUAGUACUGAAAUGUUUAACAGCCUUUGGCAAGUGCAACAAGAAGGUACUAGCAAUUUGGCCUUGAAUAGUGGUAUCAAUGAGUAUAAUAAUAUUUUCCCUAACAACCUUGACUUUUUGGGAAUGGAUAGCGUAUUGUCUAGUACGUCAAACGCGCAGCCUGAAUCUUCAAACCAUUCUACUGAUUGGAACACAUUACUGCAAAGUAUGGGAUUGUAAAGUGCGAUUGUGUAAAACAAUUUGUAACAUUAUUGAAUAGACAUUUUUAGCUAUAUGUACAGAAAAUAAAUAUAUAAAGGAUUUAGCUAUCACCUUUUGAACCGGUUGACUGAAUAUUCGUCGCUGAUAAGGAAUUUUCCAUUAAGGAAGAAGAUUGACUGUGUUGGAGAGUCUGUAUGUGAAUGAAAGCGCCUGAAGUCCUUGUAGGUCGACCAAGCUGACGGUGAAUGAUUAUAACCCUUUAUCUGAAUGCAUAGAAGCGAUGUAUCAUCCAGUGGUAACUUCGUUAAAUAGUCGUAAACAUCUUCGCUAUCAAGCAAUCCGCCCUUCCAUUGGUGUAAAGCUAAGUCUUGCCUUUGUGUUUCUUCAGUACUAGGCAAUCUAUAACUAUCGAUUAGUUUCCUGACGCGUCUUUCGUAUCUACUUUCACUAAAUCUAAGAAGCGUAAUAUUUAACCAAUUUGAGAAAUUUUCGAAAUUACUAUUAGAAGAAGGUACAGCAACAUCAUUGAGGUAAAACCUGAGAUAUGUUGCUCUUUCGGCAUCAUUAAAACUGUAUUUAGAUGUGGCAAGUGAAGGUAACUGUGGCAUUUGACUGAUCAGCUUGACAUUCUUGAUAUCCGUAUGGAUUUUAUAGUAAUCUUCGUUUCCAACUAAUUUACCUACUCUACCGGUGUAGAAAUUAUUAACGGCCUUGCUUGCAUUUAUAUGUAAAUCAAACUCGUUUGUUUCUGGGUUCUUUGUGAGCGAGUAAUUGUCGAUUUUCCGGUUAAAAGAUAGUACUCUCUUAUACUUCUUCGGUGCUUUGACAGUUUCGAUGAGUCUUUCAUUCAGUUUGUAAUAGUUGAAUUCGCAGAGUGGUAAUGCCUUAUCUGACAAGGUCAGAAUGUUGAGUUCGCAGAUGAAAUCAAGACGGAACUUGAUCUUUGAUAAAUCUGCUACGCUGUAUUCUAUUGUAUUCAUAGUCAAUUGUGAAGAUUGAUUAAUCCGAGCCCUGGAUAUGAUUUCAGAGUUAGCUGACCCUGAACCGAUCGAUAAAGUCUGCUGCGGUUUAAUGUUCCAAUACCCCACCUAUAAAACAAGACAGUUAUUGGAUGACAGCUUAUGCUUUUUAUCUACUUCACUUGACAGCGGGGAAUAUACACUCUAGACCUCUUUUAAGUUUUGUGAAGAUCCCCAAAUCGUACAUGCGUUCGAUCAUUCUCGAAUACCGCAAGGAAGUGUAUCACAUUGUCAAUAAGUGUACCAGAAACAAUCAAUUCUUUUUGUUUGUUUGUUUAGUUCAUGAUGGUUGUAAUUAAAGGAGUAGCUCGCCUAAAUGGACUUAAAGUAGUCGUAAACGCCGAGCGUGGUCGAUGU